AUGGCAGGGCCAGAGAUCAGGGAGGAUGAUAAUUUUGUGCGGCCCUUACUCAAGGCUGUGCGAGGAGGUGAUUGGAACGCUACAAGAGAUUUCCUCAACGAACACCCCCAUGCAUUGACAGCAAGAAUGACUAUAUUUCACGGCCGUGAGACGGUUCUUCACGCUGCUGUUGAUGCUGAACAGGAAGAGAUAGUGAUGGAGUUGGUCAAUAUGAUGUCAGAACAUGAUUUGGCAAUGCAAGACAAUUUCGGCUAUACAGCUCUACAUAUUAGUGGGAAUCAGAGGGUGGCAGAGUACCUGAUUAAAAAAAACAAGAGAUUGGUCAGCAUCAGAAAUAAUGGCAAACUACUUCCAGUUGCUGUGACUAUGUUCGAUGGGCAUAAAAAAUUAACUCGCUAUCUCUAUUCUCAAACUCCGUUGGAAGAUCUGGAGGCAUAUAGAGACUUAAAUGGUGCUUCACUUCUUAACAGUUGUUUUUAUCAAGGAGAUUUAGGUAUACAUGACAUUUCAUUAGCAGAUUUAGCUCUUGCUGCCGAUCAAUUCCGUUUGAACAUCCAAAAUCAUGGUCAAGAAAAUACAACCGGAUCAGGAUUCAAGCGUUUAUAUGAAAUGAAGUUUGAACGAGCUCAAUUCCAACAACUUCUGACCCUUAUGUGUCAAGAAAUCGAAAAAAAUCAAUAUGAGCCGUAUAUUCUUAUGCAAGCAGUGUUCGAAGCCAUCAAGAGAGGGAACUUUGAAUUUGUUUAUCAUAUAGGCAAAGCAAAUCCAGAUCUUUUGUGGGAGGUUCAUUUUGAAAGUAUGGGCAUAUUCCAUUGGGCCGUCCUGCAUCGUCAGCAUAGGAUCUUUAGCCUUCUAUACAGCUUAAAAAAGAUGAAUGCUCAACUAAAGAAGAGAGAUAAAUUCGGAAAUACCAUAUUGCACAUGGCAGGGAUGGUAAUAAAAAAUACUGCUAUCGAUUCCAUAAGAGGAGCAGUUUUGCAAAUGCAAAGAGAAGUUCAAUGGUUUAAGGAGGUGGAACGCAUUUGCCCUCUCACUCAUAAGGAAAUUUCAAACAAAUACAAUCUGACUGCCAGGCAAUUGUUUACGAAAGACCACAAAGAAAUGAGAAAAGAGGGAGAGAACUGGAUGAAGGGCACAGCAACUUCUUGUACUGUGGUCGGUGCUCUCAUCAUUACCAUUAUGUUCGCGGCAGCAUUUACCAUUCCUGGUGGUAACCAUCAAGAUACAGGCUUGCCAAUCCUCAUGCAUGGCAAACUAUUUAAACUUUUUAUAGUAACUGAUUCUCUGUCGCUAUUUUCUUCAUCAACUUCAGUAUUGAUGUUUUUAGGAAUCCUCACAUCACGUUAUGCAGAAGAAGACUUUCUUAGAUCCUUGCCAAGAAAGAUGAUUAUAGGCCUUUUCGCUCUCUUCUUCUCUAUUGUAACUAUGAUGAUAGCCUUUUCUGCUGCUCUUUUACUUAUGUUACGUGGAAAAUACCGGAUCGUCGUUCCUAUUAUUGGUUUGGCUGGUAUUCCCAUUAUUAUCUUUGUAUUGAUGCAAUCUCGCCUUCUUGUUGACAUGUUUAAUUCAACCUAUAGACCAGGCAUCUUUGAUAGAAAAAAGAAGCCUUGGAUUUAA